CAAACAUGGAGAUUAGUCGCUGCGUGUGGAUGAGGCGAGUUGGGAUGGCCAGUGCGAAUUCUCUGCUCCGCAUGACUUUUUUCUCUUCCAUUUCCGCCCCAAUUCCACCCUUGUCCUACUCUUCUUUAAAACAACCAUACCCACCUCUGAAUCUCAUUUCACAUCGUCGCUCGCUCUGUACCCCCACCCAUUCCUCUUCAUCUCCUAUUUUUUCAACCUCCGAUAAUGGGUGUGAUGACAAGAGUGGGUACCCAAUGAAGGGCUCAAGAGUGCUUUUAAAGGGAAUGAGAUAUGCUGAACUUGAAAAAUGGGUCCAAUCACAUGGGUAUAGGCCUGCUCAGGCAUUGAUGUUAUGGAAGCGCCUCUAUGGGAAUAAUAUAUGGGCACAUUGUUGUGAGGAACUAGAAGGUUUGAAUAGAGAUUUCAAGAAAAUGUUGGGUGAACAUGCUGAAUUCAAGACUGUAUAUUUAAAAGAUAUUCUGACAGCAUCUGAUGGAACUAGGAAGGAGGUUACAGAUUUUAUUCACAUUGGAAGAUGGACUGGUAAUAGAAACAGUUGUGAUACCUUGUCCUAGAGGGAGGACUACUGUCUGUGUUUCAAGUCAAGUGGGCUGUGCUAUGAAUUGCCAGUUCUGCUACACUGGCAGGCAAGCUCUAUAUCUCAUAAGAUUCCCCAAGUAUUCAGUGAUUUAGGUGAG